AUGGCGGACCUGGAGGACCUCUUCGGCAGCGACGCGGACAGCGACGCGGAGCGCAAAGAUUCUGAUUCUGGAUCUGAUUCAGAAUCUGAUCAAGAGAAUGUCGCCUCCGGCAGGUAUGCUUCUGGGAGUGAAAGCGAUGCUGAAGAAAGUGGAGAAGGAAAACCAAGUAACAAAGAACUGUUUGUGGAUGACAGUGAGGAUGAGGGAGUGUUCCUUCACAGUGGGAGUGAGAACCAUUCGGAAAUAGACAAUAGGUCAGACGCAUCUGAGUGUUCUGACCGGGAAGAUAAUGAAGAUAAUGACCCCUCAGAUGUGGAUCAGCACAGUGGAUCAGAAGCCCAGAACGAUGAUGAGGAUGAAGGGCACAGAUCCGAUGGAGAGAGCCAUCACUCAGAAGCAGAAGGUUCUGAGAAAGCACAAUCAGACGAUGAAAAGUGGGGCCGAGAAGACAAAAGUGACCAAUCCGAUGAUGAGAAGAUGCCAAACUCGGAUGAUGAUGAUAGGGCACAAGGCUCUGAUGAAGAUAAACUGCAGAAUUCUGAUGAUGAUGAGAAGAUGCAGAACACAGACGAUGAGGAGAGGCCUCAGCUCUCAGACGACGAGAGACAGCAGCUCUCUGAAGAGGAGAAGGCCAACUCUGAUGAGGAACAGCCAGCAGCCUCCGAUAACGACGACGAGAAACAGAACUCUGAUGAUGAAGACCAGCCACAGAUGUCGAAUGAGGAGAAAAUGCAAAACUCUGAUGAUGAAAGGCCACAGGCUUCAGAUGAAGAACCCAGGCAUUCAGAUGAUGAAGAGGAGCAGGAGCAUAAAUCAGAGGGUAGCGAUAGUGAAGAUGAAGUUUUAGGAAAAAAACGGAAGAAUGCAAUUGCAUCGAUUCAGAAGCUGAUAGGUGAUACUGAGGUACCUAAAGAUGCUAGUGGAACCAUGGAUUUGUUUGGAGGAGCAGAUGAUAUAUCAUCAGGGAGUGAUGGAGAAGAUAAGCCACCGACUCCAGGACAGCCUAUAGAUGAAAAUGGAUUGCCCCAAGACCAGCAAGAGGAGGAGCCAAUUCCUGAGACCAGAAUAGAAGUAGAAAUCCCUAAAGUCAACACUGAUUUAGGAAAUGACUUGUAUUUUGUUAAAUUGCCCAACUUUCUCAGUGUGGAGCCCAGACCUUUUGAUCCUCAAUAUUAUGAAGAUGAGUUUGAAGAUGAGGAAAUGCUGGAUGAAGAGGGUAGAACCAGGUUAAAAUUAAAGGUGGAAAAUACCAUCAGGUGGAGGAUACGCCGCGAUGAAGAAGGAAAUGAAAUUAAAGAGAGCAACGCGCGGAUCGUCAAAUGGUCGGAUGGAAGCAUGUCCUUGCAUUUAGGCAACGAAGUGUUUGAUGUUUACAAAGCUCCACUGCAGGGUGACCAUAACCAUCUAUUCAUAAGACAAGGAACUGGUCUGCAAGGACAAGCCGUCUUUAAAACCAAGCUCACAUUCAGACCCCACUCUACCGACAGUGCCACACACAGGAAGAUGACCCUGUCUCUUGCAGACAGAUGUUCAAAGACCCAGAAGAUUAGAAUCUUGCCAAUGGCUGGUCGUGAUCCAGAAUGCCAGCGCACAGAGAUGAUUAAGAAAGAGGAAGAACGUUUAAGGGCGUCUAUUCGCAGAGAAUCUCAGCAGCGCCGGAUGAGAGAGAAGCAGCACCAGCGAGGGCUUAGUGCCAAUUACUUGGAGCCUGAUCGGUACGACGAGGAGGAGGAGGGCGAGGAGUCCAUCAGCUUGGCUGCCAUCAAAAACCGAUACAAAGGGGGCAUUCGAGAGGAGCGGGCCAGAAUCUAUUCUUCAGACAGUGAUGAGGGAUCGGAUGAAGAUAAGGCUCAGAGACUACUCAAAGCAAAGAAACUCAACAGCGAUGAGGAAGGUGAACCUUCUGGAAAGAGAAAAGCAGAAGAUGACGAUAAAGCAAGUAAAAAGCAUAAGAAGUACGUCAUCAGUGAUGAAGAAGAGGAUGAUGAUUGAAACCCAAAAUGUGAAAACACUUUAUAUAUUUGUUGUACAGUUUGUUUUAUAAAUAGAUGUAAACAUGAGUUAUUUUGAUGGAGAUAAAUUGAUUUGCUUUUCUGUAACUUUAAUUGUAAUAAAGCACUUUCUAAAGCAAA